AUGUCUAGCGACAGGGGCACUGAAGCCAAGUUUGCUAGUGCAUUGGCGCCAGAGGAGCCAAACCAGACGACUCAGAUUCACCAACGACAGCCCAGGUCAAAUGGGUCAAUUGACUCCGACGCCGAGAAGGGACCCGGCCAUUCCCAGGAGAAGCCCGCGGCGGAAGGUGAUGUGAAGGAAAAGCUCGAGGUCGAAGAAGCCGUCGAGUUCGACGUUGACCUCGAGGAUGAGGACGACCCGGAGAUCAAGCAGAUCCCGCCCGAGGUGAGGCGCAUCGUCAGUCUACACGACGACACGAGCUUGCCCACCCUCACCUUCCGCUACUUCCUGCUGUCCAUCAUCUUCGUCGUGCCCGGUGCCUUCCUGUCCCAGAUCAACAGCUUUCGUACGACCUACGCGCCCUACUCGGUCUUCUUCGUCCAGAUCGCCUCCAACUAUGUCGGACUCUGGCUUGCCCGCAUUCUGCCCAGACGCCAAGUUCGCAUCCCCUUCACCAAGUCGACCUUCAGUCUGAACCCAGGUCCGUGGUCCAUGAAGGAACAUGUCCUGGUCACCAUUACUGCAGCGUCGGGCGCAAACGGGAACGCAGCCACGACAGCACUGGCAGUGGGCGAGCUCUACUACAACUCACGUCUUCAUCCUGCCGCCGCCAUCUUCUUCAUGUGGUCCAUUGAUGCCACGGGCUACGCCUUUGCCGCGUUUGCGCGUCAGGUUCUACUCUACGAACCAGCAUAUCCGUGGUUCCAGGCUCUCUGCCAGACGGCGCUGUUCGAGACUCAAAACAGGCAGAACAGAAAUCCCACACCCGCGGCGAGAAAGCAGAUGCGCGUUUUCUGGCUUGUCCUCUUCGCUGUCACUCUGUGGCAGUUUCUGCCAGAAUACGCAUUUCCUAUGCUUAACAGUAUGGCAUUUCUUUGCUGGGUUGCACCGAAGAACCCCGUUGCCAACUUCAUCGGGUCUGGCCUCGGCGGCAUGGGCUUCCUCAACUUGACCUUUGACUGGGCGAACGUCAGCAAUUACAACGCGGGGGUACCGUUGUUUCUAAGCCCGUGGUGGUCGCAAGUCGUGCUAUUCUGCUCCUUCGUCUUGAGCUGCUGGAUCCUGCUUCCAGCCGCGAAAUGGGGAAACCUAGGUACUUAUAGUCAUUGCCUGAUGACCAACCGGGCCUGCACUGCGGAUGGCGAAAAGUAUCCCAUAUCUUCGCUGGUCACAUCCGGCAGUACUUUCAACCAAACCGCGUACGAUGAGAACGGGCCGAUGUACUUGGGGACACAUUAUCUCUAUUCCAUUUUCUUCGAUUAUGCUUCUUACACCAGCGCCUACGCUUGGAUUAUCUUCUUCGGCGCCAAGAACAUCAAAGACGGCUACACCAAGUUCCGUACUCGACGAAACAACCCGGGACAGGGCAUCAAUCACCAGUACACCGACCGCCUGAACGUGCUGAUGCGGUCAUACAAAGAAGUGCCGCUGUGGUGGUACAUCGCUCUCUUCUCUGUCUCCUUUAUCUCAAUCAUGACGAUUGUCGGACUCGAUUUGCUGUUCAUCCCCUGGUGGACGUACUUCGUCGCCCUGAUAACUGGGGGAGCUGUCGUUAUCCCUCUGAGCUGGCUCUACGCUGUGAGCAACUUCCAGUUGCCAAUCGGGACCUUCAAUGAGGUGCUCUACGGCACAAUGGUCCAGAAUCUGAGUACUCAUAGGAACCCAAUCGGGGCCAACGUAUACGGCGCGAUCGCUGGCGAUGCAUGGUACAGGGCUCAGUACAUGCUCCAGGACCAGAAGAUCGGCCACUAUACCCAUGUUCCUCAACGGGCGGUGUUCUUCUCGCAAGUCUUUGGUAUCACCCUGGGUGUGCCGAUCAACUAUGCUGCGAUGCGCUGGGUUAUCAACACGAAGCGCGACUUUCUCGUAGGCGACGUUGAGGACCCAGCGCACAUAUGGACUGGUCAGAGUCUCACCAGCUCUUUGACGACGGGUGUGCAAUACGUCCUCAUUGGGCCCACGAAGCUCUUCCAACAAGAACAGUGGCGGCCCAUCCCCUACGCCUUCCUCGCCGGAGCCGUCACGCCAGCCAUCAUCUACGGUCUCCACCGCCUCUUCCCGCGUGCAAAGUUCCAUCUCUGGAACACGACAAUCUUCUUCAGCGGCAUGUCGAUCUUUUACGGCAAUGUCUCGACGGGGUACUUCUCCCGAUUCAUCGGAGGCUUCGUUGUGAUGUACUGGGCGUAUAGGUACAGGUAUCAGCUGUGGGCCAAGUACAACUUCAUUCUUGCUGCCGCUUUCGACGCAGGCUUCAAUCUAAACAUGCUGCUGAUCUUCCUGAUCUUUGGAAGUGGAAAGGCCAUCACGAUGCCCAACUGGUGGGGCAAUGACGCGCAGAGUGUCGAGAAAUGCUAUGCGCUAGAGUCAUAG